CUAUUUCUACUCCUCUCUUCCCUCUUCUCCCCACCCCAACCCGAACCGAAACCCUCUUCCUUUCCCUUCUUUUCUCGCCAUGGCUUCCUCCUCCUCCUCUCGUAUCCUCUUCCUCCUCCUCGUUCUCUCCCUCGCCGUCGCUUCCUCCGCGGCGGCCUUCCGCUUCGUCGGUGGCCGGAUGGAGGUGCCGAACGUGGAGUCCAACAAGGAGGUCCAGGACCUCGGCCUCUUCUGCGUCGAGGAGUACAACCACCGCCGCCGCGCCGGCGGCGAUCUCCUAACGUUCUCGCGAGUGGUGGCGGCGCAGCGCCAGGUCGUGUCUGGAAUCAAAUACUAUCUCAAGAUCGCCGCCCGUGACGGCCGUGAGCGAACCUUCGACGCCGUCGUCGUCGUCAAGCCCUGGCUCCAGUCCCGCUCCCUCCUUUCUUUUGCCCCCUCCGCAAAACUACUGAGUCCUCUUAUAUAAAAGAAAUUAAAAAAAAAAAAAUAAUAUAUAUAUAUAUUAGGGCUUGAGCUGGAGCUAUGUUGUAUUUGGAUAUGUACCUUUUACCCACCGAGUAUGUGUUCUUCGUUCGACGUAAUGGAAAGCAACGUUAACUUAUUACUAAUAUUCGGAGUUGGUUUUGGAAUCCGGGUGCUUUAUUAAUUUGUUUUAUUUGAUGGACCAUUACCUUCUCCUGGCUAUAAUAUUUAUAAAUUAAUGAUCCUAUAUAUCUAUAUUAUUUUUGCCUAAUGAUUCAUCAGUAAGAUGGAUAUGGAUUGUGCAAAUAGUUUAUAUUUGUUUGCGUAUACAUCAAUUUGUUCAUUGCAAAGUAUGAUACAUGUUUCCAUCACCUUUUACUCAAAAAAAAGAAAAAAAAAGAGAGGCAUGGUGCAUGUUACAGUCUAGAAUGCUUUUUGGGCAGCAAGGACGAGCAUUCUUGUCCAUCCAAACUUGAUGAAUACUUUUGUAUGAAAUAAUAGCAUUAAUCACUAAUAAUAGCAUUAUUAGUGAUUAAGAUCGACGAAUCUCAGCCUCCCCCUGCCUCUUCCUCUUCUCUGUUUUUCUAAUUUCCAGGUUUUCUUUUUUCAAUAUUUCUUUAAUUCCUUUUUAUGAUUAGUUUUGCUCAACAUACCAUGCGACUGUCGCAGGUUUACAAUCGACUGACAAAGAUGGAUGUAUAGAGAGAUCACAUUGAUUCAAUUUGGAACUUUGAAGUGUAAUUGAAAAUUUCUAAACGAGAAAUGAUCGAUCAAAGUCUGAGAGGAUCAUUAAGUAAUUUUAUUCUAUGGUAAUUUUACGAUAAAUAUAAAAAGCAAGGGCUGCAUGAAAGAGAGCUGCUAUGGAUCACCAACCAAAUGAAUAUUCCUUUUUAUUUUAUUUAUAUAUUU